AAAAAAAAUGAUUUAUGGGUGCCUUCAUUGUGCAUGGCUACUGCUGUAUGCAUGAAAAACCGUUCAAGUCAUGCAACUGCAUUACAGUUGCUGAUAUCAAUCAUAUUCCAACAUUGCAGCUUAACAGCUGCUAUGGCAAGAUUGAGGGUUGUGAGACUGACAGUUUCUCAUACAUAAAUUUAUAAGAGACUGGAUGAAUUUGGUAAAGAGCUGGAUGAGGAUUUUCUGACCUCUGCUUCAGCUAAGGGGCAGCAAAUACAAUGCAAGCCUGUAUUUGUUUCAUCUCCUAAAAAGAAAGCUUCUAUGUCUAGCCUGGCAAAGAGUAGUAGUCUAAAUGGAAAGAAAAUCAUUUUUGAUAAUGUUGAUUAUGCACGAAAGGUUCAUCAGAUGAGUGAAACACACCAGAAUAUGCUUCAUCAUUGGGUAACCUACAUGUCUACAGAAAAUAGAUUGCCUGGGCACCAUUUACCUGCUGGAAAACCUAUUGGAAGCAUCGAUAAAGUUGAAAAUGCAAUUUAUCUUCCUAGCAAGAAAGAUCACAUAAAGCAACGUUUGGAUUAUGUGUAUUUAGUUGCAAGGCUGAUAACACGUCAUAUUCCUUGUCUACAAUUUCUCAGAACUGUUGUGAAAGAACACAUGCCACAUAAGUUUUCUCAUUCUACUGGCUUAGCAACCAAAACUGUAUUUCAUGGCUGCAUCUACGAAAAUGAGAAUGACUCUGAUGGUAUCCAGAAAGUUUUGAAAAAACUACACACACUGGUUCCUGUUUAUGAAGAAGACGGUGAAAAGAAAUUUGGAGAGCAAGGUAUUGUGGGUGACCAACUUUCUGUGGAGAGAGGCGUUAACUGCUUGCUACAAGUAUCAAACGGAUUUAGCAGUGAAGACCGCUUUGAUGGCAUUCAUUUUGAAAUUGGAGACUUCCAUGCUGCUAUGAAAUUUUUGCAGAUUGGCUUUGACAGAUUUUACACAGGUGCAUCUGCAGCAGAUCACUGUACAUUGUUUGCUGAUAGCGUUCUUAUUAACAGGCGCAACGUUGGUUCAGAUGUUCGAUCACGGUAUAACCCAUGCAAACAGUUCUUUUUGAUGGAAGUAGAGGCCAGAUUGAUUGCUGCAGUAAUGGAAUUGCUAAAGAUGACAUCCAUAGAGGACAUUCCAGACAAAAACAUUCUCCAAGAGAAAUUGAAAACAGAAACUCUCGCAAAAAAGAGAGAAUUUCUUGAAAACUUAGCAGCAACAGUUGUUGAUUCACACAUAAUGCAAAUUGAUAAAGUUGCAAAUUACCUGGCAAGUGUCAAUCUUCCAACAAAGAUAGAGGUUCAACAGUACAAAGGAUCUGAUGAUGAUAUAUAUAACUAUCAAAUUGCAUUACUUGAAUUUGGAAUGAUUGUUAAAAAUUUUUUUGAUGCAAUUUCUGAAGGAGAUGGUGAUCGGUUGUUGAGGAACUGGAAGUUCAUGUUGCUAUACUUGAAAGAGGAUGGAAGAGGAAGUACAAAAUAUGCAUUGGAAGCAUUUUAUUUAAUAAGCCAGGCAAACUGCUUGCUGUCAGAACGUGCGGCAUUUAGGAUGGUGUGGAAUCGUUUCUCAAAAACCAAGCAUGGCUGGGGAGGAAAUAUUCCACUAGAUCUUGCAUUGGAACAUCUUAACAGGCUGCUUAAGAAUGUUUUACGCAUGCUAGGCCCCAAUGCCACCAAUCAAAAGGCUGUAGACAGAUACUGUAAAGCUCUGAUGACAAGAAAAUCAUUGAUAGAUCUUUGGGAUAAAAGCUCAAGUUUCAUUAAGCAAUCUGGUAAGCAUACAAUGUCUUGUGCAGAUGGAGACUUGAGAAAAAUUGUCAAAGAACUAAUUGAGUGCCAUGCUUUGAGGAAAAUUCCAAAACGAAGGUAUCAGUAUUUCAAGAGGGUAAAAAGUAGCCUAAUUGCAAAUUUGGACAUGACAUCACUCUUUGCAUGGAUUGAGAAACACAAGAAGUUUAUCAAAGAACGUAAAGCAGCUCGCUAA